UACAGCAUAUUUCAUACGUUCAAUAUACGUCGUGGAAAGGUGCUCGAAAAGUAAACGUGUUCUAGACAGUUGCAGGAGGCUGUCUACCCAAGUGUAUCGUACCCGAGACACAACAGUCUGUUUUGGAAUUGACAACCCUAUGUCCCUCGAGAACGUCUCAAGAAAGUGGUAUCCCAAUAUUGUCCGAUAUGCACCCGGGCUGCCAGUUGUUAUAGCUGGCCUGAAACUAGACUUGCGGAACGACAUAGAGCUCGUCGAGAAUUUGGCCAAAAGCGGAACGCAUCCUGUCACCGAGACAGAGGGCCGACGCAUGGCAAAGAGGAUUGGCGCUAAGGCGUAUGUUGAGUGCUCAGCUCUUGAUUGCCGCGGUAUCGAUAGAAUAUUUCAGCGUGGUGCCCAGGCUGCUGUGAUUUCUAAGGACUUCAAGCACCGCUGUAACCAGCCGGACAGAGCCCAGUGUGUUAUUCAAUGAAG